CCCUAUCUUUUUCCUUCCUUCGACAAUCAUGAAAAUAUGAAAUGAACAACAACAAUGAUGAUGAUGAUCUGAGGAACCGUGUUUGUCUCAGAGCUCAUCGAUGAAGCGAAGGAGAAGAAGAAAAGAUCCAAAUUUCGAAGAAAUUUACGAUUUUGCGACAUGGGUUUGUCCAAGGAGAAUCUAACAGGUCUUACUCUAGCGUUGGUAUCAAGUGGCUUCAUUGGCUCAAGCUUCAUCAUCAAGAAACAAGGUCUCAGAAGAGCAGCUGCAGUUUCUGGUGUCAGGGCUGGUGUUGGUGGCUAUUAUUAUCUCAUGGAACCACUCUGGUGGGUGGGGUUGAUCAUAAUGAUUAUAGGAGAGGUUGCAAACUUUGUUGCGUAUGCGUUUGCCCCUGCAGUUCUAGUUACCCCUCUCGGCGCAUUAAGUAUAAUUGUGAGUGCUGUUUUGGCUGACCUUAUUCUGAAAGAGAAGCUACCCCAUCUUGGGAUAUUAGGCUGUGUGAUGUGCAUUGCUGGCUCUAUUAUUAUUGUUAUAAAUGCUCCUAAGGAGCAACCUAUCACAUCUGUUCUGGAAAUAUGGAACAUGGCUACUCAACCAGCAUUUCUGGCUUAUGUGGCUUCAGUAAUGGUAUUGGUUUUCAUCCUGGUUUUCCAUUUUGCACCAACAUGUGGGCAUUCCAAUGUGCUUGUUUAUACUGGCAUUUGUUCAUUGAUGGGUUCCCUCUCUGUGAUGAGUGUUAAAGCCCUUGGGACUUCUUUGAAAUUAACUUUUGAAGGCAAAAAUCAGUUGAUCUACCCGGAGACAUGGUUCUUUAUGUUAGUUGUGGCUAUAUGUGUCAUCAUGCAAAUGAAUUAUCUUAAUAAGGCUCUUGACACCUUCAACACAGCAAUUGUGUCCCCUAUAUACUAUGUCAUGUUUACAACACUGACAAUAUUAGCCAGUGUAAUAAUGUUUAAGGAUUGGGAUGGUCAAAGUGGUGGAACUAUUGUGUCAGAAAUAUGUGGCUUUAUUGUUGUGCUCUCUGGCACUAUCAUGUUACAUGCAACGAAGGACUUUGAGAGAAGCCCGUCUGUUCGAGGUAGUCCACCUUCAUCGCCUUCGUUAUCGGUCCGACUUUUUACUGGAAAUGGGGACCUAUCACAUAAGCAAGAUGAGGAAAGUGUAUCUCCUGAUAGUAUGUGCUCAAGAAGGCAAGAAUUAUAUUAGAUGGUUUUAUAUGACACGGCAAAUGCCUUAAUUUAUUUUAAUCAUAAGGGGGAGGUGGGGGGCAUCACCUUCCCCGGAGAAUCUGAGUCAGAUGUCCCAUCAGAUGAUACCAUGCAGUUGCAGGUGCUAAUGAAACAAAUAGGGGAGAUUUGUGAAGCCAUUCUUUUAUUAUGACCAUCUUAGGAUAUUAUCCACACAUGGUUUUCUUAAUUUGGACUUUGCAAGAUGGUUUUCUAGAUCUAAUUCCUUGCAGGGUGCAUUAUGUACAUUACAUCCACAGUUGUUUGUGUCAAAUUAAUGGUUUGCUCACUUGUAAAGGUUGCUUAUUCGAUUGAGAUUAUUUCUAUGUGUGAGGCUCUCUUCAAAUGAACAAAGAAAGUGAGUGAGGAUAGAGUUAGUUUGUCAAACCAUCUGCAUGGUGAUUUUUUUUUAUCAAUUUUCAUUUAGUUCAUGCUUCUGGGCUCUAACAAUUGGGUUUAGCAUACAAGAUUCAUUAGUGGUUUGUAAUUAGUGAGAUGUACAGGGCACUAAGCAAAUUCUGUUCAAAUUGUAGUUUCAAAUGAAUAAGUUAUGUGCUCAUCAAACAUAUUAUGGUGUUGAAGCUCUAAAUAUUAUUUGUCUGA